AUGGGUAAUAUCUGGAGCAACUGUUUAUCCGUUUGUAGGCAAUAUUGCUGUGGUUCUGAUCCAUCGAAUGAAGAAAUCGGCUUGAUUGACGAUCCAUCUUCGUUUUCGACACCUCAAUCUGCCUCAACAUCAGCUGGAAUUAUGAGUCCUUUGUCGCUGUCAGCCUCCUUCGCCUCGCCUGUUUACAUGCCGCCGACUCCGUCAUUCUCCGGAGAUGGAGACUCAGGUUACAUAAGCCCAAUCGUCGAGCAUCCUACCAUAAACAGACUAUACAUGCACGUAUUAUAUAUGCCCGAAUUGCCCGAGGGCAACGUAAGCAACAAGGAAAAUAUCGCGCCAGUUUCGGCCAAUCCGUCUGAACUUACAAACGCGGUAAGUUCAAACCGUCUCUCGCGCAUACGUUAUGAUCGUGCAAAGAAAGAACGCGUUCAGAAAAUCAUACAGACGUAUCUUAGAUUCGAUAACGAAGAUAGCACGGAUGAAGAUGUUAACGAGAACGAGAAGUAAAAUAAUG